AUGGCGUUUUGGCUGAAGCAUCACCUUGAGCCUUCUCUUUCCGCCCAGCUCGUCCCGCCCCGUUGCGUUGGCAUCAUGACGGUGUUGCCCAGUUCUCGGCGCCGUCGUCCACACAACGCGCCUGGCUACCUCAUCAACCCUCAGCAUGGCCAUGAACCACCUUGCCCCCGUUCUACUCAUCCCUCCGCCCCAGCCCCCAAUCAAAGCCCCAGCUCCUUGCUGCCCAACGGGCUUGACCUGCCAACGAAGCUCCCCUUUGGUCCCUUUGCUUUCGCCCUUUCUCGUGUCCUCUCUUUCGCCUCCCUCUCUCUACGCAUGCGCGCGUACCAAGAAGUGGCAAGCAACAACUGCGGCUCUUCCCAGCCUCCCGACCCAUUGGCCCACUCUUCUGCGUCACUUGCGCCCACCACUCGUGGCUGCCCGGCUUACGAAGCCUGCUUCUGCAAGCCCGGUGCUGAAUCUGUCGAUUUUUACGACCGCGAUGGCUGCCGCAGCUGCUCUUGCCAGUCGGCACAAGUUACGACCACCCAGGCGCCAGCCACCACUCGCGCGCCUGAGACCACCACCACUCGUGCCCGUGAGACCACCACCACUCGUGCUCCUGUGACGACGACGACCCAGGCCCCGACCACCCGUGGCUGCCCGGCCUACGAGCCUUGCAACUGCAAGCCCGGUGCCGAUGCCGUCGAUGUGUAUGACCGUGAUGGCUGCCGCAGCUGCUCUUGCCAGUGGAACGGUGAGGCCACCACCACCACUCGUGCUCGUGAGACCACCACCACUCGCGCGCCUGAGACCACCACCACUCGUGCCCGUGAGACCACCACCACUCGUGCGCCUGUGACGACGACGACCCAGGCCCCGACCACCCGUGGCAGCCCGGCCUACGAGCCUUGCAACUGCAAGCCCGGUGCCGAUGCCGUCGAUGUGUAUGACCGUGAUGGCUGCCGCAGCUGCUCUUGCCAGUGGAACGGUGAGGCCACCACCACCACUCGUGCUCGUGAGACCACCACCACUCGCGCGCCUGAGACCACCACCACUCGUGCCCGUGAGACCACCACUACUCGCGUGCCUGAGACCACCACCACUCGUGCUCGUGAAACCACCACCACUCAAGCCCCGACUACUACUACUUUCAGUCACCCCUGCCCUCCCAAUGCCUCGUUGCUCUUACGGACCGUUCAGGCUGCCAAGUCUGCAGUUGCCAAGCCCUUCCCACCACGCGUGCUGCGUCAACUCGCGCCACUACUCGUCACACGGUAUGUGAUGCAUAGAGUUGUGUCUGGUCUCGAACGACACCCCUUGCACUUUGUGGAGACCACCGAGAGCCGCCAGUGCCCGACCUUCCAGCCCUGCAACUGCAAGGCUGGUGCCGAAUCUGUGACAUUUUACGACGCGCAAGGUUGCCAAACCUGCUCGUGCCAGGCAUCUGGUUCGGCCGAGAAUAUUGUCCAGGAGCAGGGCGAUAGCAGCGAGCCGCAGCACAGCUCGGCCGUCAGCCUCAGCAUUGGACUCGGCCUUGCCGCGGUGGCUGUUGCCGUCAUCACUGUCUUUGUGGUUGUCCGCCGUCGCCGUGUGGCCAAGGGCGCCGCUGCCGAUUUGGAACUCGAGUGGGACCCCCAGUCUGAUGCCGCUUCGCAGGAGUAA